CUCUUAUGAAUAAAUUUUAUCCUGUAAGGCAAUCCAGAAGACCUGGAACAGCACUCAACAGACGGUCUCAUUUGAAAGAAUUCUGGUAUCCUAAGCCUAAAGAAGAAAUAAGACUCGACAGAAUAAUUAAAACCAAUGGUUCUGGAUUAAACAACAUUACUAAAAGUGAUAUAGGGAAUAAGACAACUCGGCUAAAAAGUGCUUUUAAGCGGCCUUGUAGCCCUAAAGCCAAAUUAUCUGCCCGGAAUAAAGGGAUAAAUAAUAAAUACAAGAAAUGCUUCAGAAUGUUGAAAUUAGUUGAUCUGUAUCUAAAUUCUAACCUGUCAAAGUCUGUAUUCCAUAAGAAAGUGUCGAAGAAAAAUUCAAGGAAAUAAAAAAAUUUGAAGGAAAUCUAGGAAUAAGACUUCCAGGAAUCACUAUCUGGUCAAAAGUUAUCCUCAAAAAGAACUCAGAAAGAACAAAUCAAAGACAAGCUUAAAUGGAGUACUUCAGGCAGGUAUCGACCCUCUAAGCCUGCUCGAAGUGGUAACUCACGAAUAAGG